CCUCAAAAAAGAGAGAGACUAGUAGGGAACCUCUCCAUCUUCUCUGGGCCGAACCCGAGACUCCCGCGCAGCUGUCGUCGCCGAAGCGGGCGCGAGAGGGGAGGGCUCUACUGCGCAUGCGGAAGAAGAAAGAGGAGGAGGAAGGAGAAGAGGGAGGAUUGUUGGUCUUGGUUCCUUCUCCCUCCCUCCGUUUGGAAAGGAGAGACUAGAGGGCUCUGGGCGCUUUCGGGGGGGGGAAGGAGAAGGAGAGGAAGAAGGCGGGGAGGGAGGGUCCUUGAAGGGAGCCUUUGCGCUCCGUGCCGCCUCCUCCUCCUCCUCCUCGUCGUCGUCGAGGCGCCCUCUUCUCUGUCUCCGCCCGGGACUUGAGUCCAUCGGCUACAAAAUGGCGGACGGGGAGCUGAAUGUGGAUAGUCUCAUCACUAGGCUCCUGGAAGUGCGAGGAUGUCGUCCUGGCAAGAUUGUGCAGAUGACAGAAGCAGAGGUUCGAGGAUUAUGUAUAAAGUCUCGAGAAAUCUUUCUUAGCCAGCCCAUUCUUCUGGAGCUAGAGGCACCAUUAAAGAUCUGUGGUGACAUUCAUGGCCAGUAUACAGAUUUACUCCGAUUGUUUGAGUAUGGAGGAUUUCCACCUGAAGCCAACUAUCUUUUUCUGGGUGAUUAUGUGGACAGAGGAAAACAGUCCUUGGAAACCAUCUGCUUACUACUUGCAUAUAAAAUCAAAUAUCCAGAGAAUUUUUUUCUCCUGAGAGGAAACCAUGAGUGUGCUAGCAUUAAUCGUAUAUAUGGCUUCUAUGAUGAAUGUAAACGACGAUUUAAUAUCAAGCUCUGGAAGACAUUUACAGACUGCUUUAAUUGUCUGCCUAUCGCAGCCAUUGUAGAUGAGAAGAUUUUCUGCUGUCAUGGAGGUUUGUCUCCAGAUCUGCAAUCAAUGGAACAGAUCAGAAGAAUCAUGAGACCCACAGAUGUUCCUGACACAGGCUUGCUCUGUGACCUGCUGUGGUCUGAUCCAGACAAGGAUGUCCAGGGUUGGGGUGAAAAUGACCGUGGAGUCUCCUUCACUUUUGGAGCUGAUGUAGUCAGCAAAUUCUUAAACAGGCAUGAUUUGGAUUUGAUUUGUCGAGCUCACCAGGUGGUUGAAGAUGGCUAUGAAUUCUUUGCAAAACGACAGCUGGUUACCCUAUUUUCUGCUCCUAAUUACUGUGGAGAGUUUGACAAUGCUGGUGGUAUGAUGAGUGUGGAUGAAACUUUGAUGUGUUCUUUUCAGAUUUUGAAGCCAUCUGAAAAGAAAGCAAAGUAUCAGUAUGGUGGACUGAAUUCUGGACGUCCAGUCACUCCACCUCGCACAGCUAAUCCACCGAAGAAGAGGUGAAGAAAGGAACAAAGUAGAAAACCCAUCAGAUCUAUUAAGGACAAAACCCCAUAUAUACAGUAUAUAAUAAGUGUGCACUGUAAAACCAUCCAGCCAUUUGACACCCUUUAUGAUGUCACAUCUUUAACUUAAAGAGACGGGUAAAGGAUCUUUAAUAUUUUCUAGUUGACAGAUGUGCAACACUGUAUUGUAACAGGUAUACUCCAGUUCUAUUAACCAACAUAGAGUAAAAUCAGAUCUAAACAAAUUCUUUUGGUUGCAUAUUCACAUCAGUUUUAAAGAUGACCAACAUCCCAAUUUAAGCUUGAUGUAAUACCUAAAUCAGAUGAGAGCAUGAUGUUUCAUUUGUGUAAUGUGGUCUUACUGUUGCUUGGUUGCUUUUAUUUCUAUUACUUUGUAGCUAGAAUGAUGGCAAAGUAUCUAGUCAUGUUCCCUGGCUGAAAAUGAAUUGUGGAAGGGAUUUUGGGGGGCAGCUAUUGCUGUGUUCUUCUUUCCCAUUAAUCUUGCUGAACAAACGUGUGACCCUCUUUUCGGAGUAGAGUAACUAAAGAAAAACCCAACUCCAGCUACUGACUUCAGUAAUGCUCCUUACCCAAACAGAAGUCAAUAUUUCCCAUGAGAUGGACAACUUCCUGCUCUUUAUCUUAGACCACCACAGAAUGGAUUUGUGCACUGCACCAUUUUAAACUGACAUUACACUCACAAUUGCACUUCAUUUAACUAAAACAGUUCAAGAAUGGGUAUGGCUUAGUAGUUGGUAACUUGAUCAUGUGGUAUCCUUGCUUAAGAAUUUAUUAGCAUGAAACACCUUUUGGCAUGUUUAGCUUCCUGAUAAUGCCAUACUUACAUUAAAGUGCAUUCUGCAUUGCUCACCAAACAUGAAAAUCUCUCUCUGAUAAGCCUUGAAAAGCUAACUAUUCAUUCCCCUCCCCGGAGCCACCCUUUGCUCCAGCAGGGUGUCUCUAAAUGGAUAUUGAUGAGUGAGCAAUAGAUUAACUAUGGCUAGUGGUGGUCGGAUUGUCUAAUAUUGCCAUGUGAAUGUUCAAUAUGAUUGUAAGGCCUAUGUCAGUAAAGAUUAUAUCCUCUGGAUUUUCAUGAUCAAAGUUCAUAAACUAUUGUAGAGACUUCAGCUUUGUAGUGUAAUAUAGUAGCAAUAAUUUCUGUACAUGAUCAAGAGUUGAUGCAGCAUUUCUUUCCAUUUUUUCUUUUCUUAAAGAGUUCAUCUGUGCAAAUGACGAAGUGUAAACAUACAUGUAUAACAGUUGAAAGGCAGAGACUUAAUUGGAUAAAAAUGCAUUUUUUUUAUUAAGGAUUGUCAAAUUUAUAAGAUCCUUUACAAGGGAAGCUUCCAAUUUAUAGGAUUCUAAUUGUGGAAUGAUACAUGUAAAACUCUUUAAUCUUGUCUUUGGAAAUAUUAAAUUGAGAUUCUAAUAACUUGCAUUUUAUGUAGUAGCACAUAUUAUGCAAGUGACUUUUGGCAAAGUGAGAAUUUCUUUAAAAUGCCUAAGUCUCUUUUCUAACUCCAUUUUGUUUUAAACACAUAUUAAAUGUAGAUUUUUUUCAUUUAGUAAAGUUGUUUAAUUGAUUUGAUGUCUGACUGGUUAUUCUAAUAUUUUCUUCUUGAAAGCAUUCACCCUUGAUGUUAUACAUGCAAUGUUACGUGGACAAAAUUUCAAUAACAACGUUAAUAACAAUGUUCACUAGUGGAUAUUUAACAUAUAGCAGCCCAGUUUUCCUACUUUGUAAUAUAUAACUCAGUUAUAUAAUUGUAAGAAAUGUCCAGUGCCAAGUUACCUGGAAAUUAAUGGCUGACAAGCAGUUGGUACUAUGUUCUCUUCUAGCAACAAACAAGUUAACUUCUUGAGCCAUUACUACAUGAGACAAGAUGGAAGAAAAGUUUUGCCACAGCUGGCAUUUUUAUGUGAAGUGGAUGAUGUUUUGUUUUUCUUUCUUAAAACAUUUGUAGGUGCUUUCUUGUUUCCAGUAACACAUGAAAAACCAAAAUGUGUUUAAAAUUAGUGGUACAACUGGGUUUGACAUUUUUUCUGGAGAACUCUUAUUGCAACACUGCCCAUAUAUGUAUGUAAAGCCAUCUUGAAAUACAGCAUUCAGAUAUAGGAAUCUGCUGUAAUUGCUAUUUUUUCCACUGUCACGUUUGUCACUCAGUAAUGUCUGACAACACACUGUAAUUUUAAUACCAGUGAAAAUGAGGGAUGUAAUAGUUAAAACUAUGAAAUAUGAUCCUUUCCCUGUAAGCAUCAUGUAUGGAAGCCCUUGGAGUUACCUAAGACUGCUCAUUUUCUAGUUUUAGAUCUUGGCCAUGAACACAAAUGCUGGUCUCAGUAGGCAACAUGGCAAGUUCUGGCCGUUGCUAACAGAUGUCCCCAGUAUUUUCAGUUUAAAAGAUAAAGUAAGUUGUGUGGAUUUUUUGGCUUUGUAGUUAGCUUUUAAUAUUUUGGCUAUGGGUGUAUCUCCUUUCUGUUCAACCAGAAUGGAACUCGUAAUGUAUUGAGCAUGAUUUCUUUGAAUCUAAAUAGUACUUUAUUGUCUGUCAGGUUUUACUUUACUGUCUGUCCUCCUCCUUUCCUUUUUUGAAAAAAGGCACUCUUACUACUACUGUCCCCAUUAAAACAAAAGCUUGUGUGUCACUAUUUUGUAGCAUUCUCACGUUUUUCCUUGUAACUAACCUCUACUUAUUGGGGAACUUUACUUUUUAUUGUUUUGUCAAUGUGUCAUGUAAGCAAUUUGCUUAAAGACAAUCUUGUGCAAUGAGGAUGGACUGUUGAAUUUCUAAAUAGAAUUAGUUCACAGGAUAGUUUUUGAACAAAUUGUAGAAAUGACAUAAUUAUUCCACAUGUCUGAAUGCACAGAAGUUAUUUGAAACCCAUUUUGUGGAUACAGAACAUCACAUCUGAGCUGGCUGUGUCUGUCAGCCUACAAGAAUAUUGAGUUUUAGGAAUAAAUAUGACUAAACCUCUUGA